CAAGCAAGCUGAAAAACAGAAAGCAAGGUUGCAAGGAAUGAGAGAGGAACAGAGACACCCUGACACCAGGUAGAGAGAGAAGAAGGUUAGAGAGAACAGAUGGGCAUCAUUUGUUCCAGUCAGAAGGACAGGAACUCGGGAACUCAUGAUGAGACCAGACACCAGCUCAACAACCAAGAAAGCCACACAGGAGGAGAAAAAGGCGAUGGAAAUUUGAGAUGAACUGGUAUAAAUGAUGCUCAGGAAUAAACUGUAAGAUUAGUGCUUAUGCAUGUAUCACAAGCCAAAGAAAGGAUGAGGGAAUCUGAGCUCUGUGCCGGUUAAGUAUUUAAUCAGGAGCUUCAGCUGAAUGUCAGGAGACGAGGUUUUAAUGCUAUGGCUCGCUAUAUGCUCUGCUGGGGAGGCGGGGCCUUGGAGGAUCACUACAUGUAUGCUCCUUUGCCAGAUGUUUAUCGGGAACGAGCUUCAGGACUUGUAUUACAGCCUGACCAUGAGGUGGCACAGCGAUUGGCAGUGGGAAGCUGCAACAAUAUUCCAAAUGGUGGUAAGGCUGAAUUGCAGGCUGCCAAACUGUUGGCCAAACGUCUCUAUAACCUGGACGGUUUCAGGAGGUCUGAUAUUGCAAGGCACCUGAGCAAAAAUAAUGAUUUCAGUAAGAUGGUGGCAGAGGAGUACUUGAGUUAUUUUAACUUCUCAGGCAUGAGUGUGGAUCAGGCUCUGAGAGUUUUUCUGCGAGAGUUUGCUCUUAUUGGAGAGACGCAAGAGAGAGAGCGAGUAUUGUGUCAUUUCUCCAGAAGAUACCUCAAGUGCAACCCCAGCACUAUACCAAAUGAAGACAGUGUCCACACUCUGACCUGCGCUCUGAUGUUGCUGAACACAGACCUGCAUGGUCAUAAUGUGGGGAAGAGGAUGUCAUGUGCAGAGUUUAUAAGCAACCUGGAGGGGUUAAAUGAUGGGCAGAAUUUCCCUAAAGACCUGCUCAAGGCACUCUAUAAUUCCAUCAAGAAUGAGAGGCUGCAGUGGACAAUUGAUGAAGAGGAAGUGCGUAAGUCUGUUUCGGAGUUGGCCGACAGCAGGACAGACUCUGCGUCCCACACUCUGAAGAGGAUUACUAGUGUUGGGACACCUCUAGUGUCUCUGGCUCAGCAGUCCAACGCUCAGGUCUACAAGAAAGGCUUCCUCGUUCGCAAGGUUCACGCCGACCCCGAUGGCAAGAGGACGCCUCGAGGUAAGAGAGGAUGGAAGACAUUUUAUGCCAUCCUGAAAGGACUGGUCCUUUAUUUGCAAAAGAGUGACUAUGGCACUCCUAAGCAACUGUGUGAUGAGGACCUGAAGAACGCUGUGUCCAUCCACCACUCUCUAGCGAUGAAGGCAGCAGACUACAGCAAGAGACCCAACGUGUUUUACCUGCGCACUGCUGACUGGAGGGUCUUCCUCUUCCAGGCCCCCAAUGCGGAGCAGAUGCAGUCCUGGAUCACGCGCAUCAACACGGUAGCUGCCAUGUUCUCCGCCCCUCCCUUUCCAGCCGCCAUCGGCUCACAGAAGAAGUUUAGCCGUCCUCUUCUACCAGGCUCCACCACCAAACUGUCCCAGGAGGAGCAGGCAAAAUCUCAUGAAAUGCGCUUCAGAUUCGUGUCCACUGAGCUGCUGGAGCUGCGCACGUUUCCACAGGAGAGGAAGCCCAAAGGGAAGGAGCAAGAAGAGGCCAAGCAGAGGGAGGAGUACCUGGAGUUUGAGAAAACUCGCUAUGGGACGUACGCCAUGCUACUCAGAGCAAAGAUUCGCAUGGGUGAGUCGGAUCUGACAGCGUUCGAGGCUCGUUUGUUUACCGAUGGCACACUGCAGCGCACCAGCUCCAGCCCUACGCUGGCACACGACACCAGCCACGCCAGUGCCAGCAGCUGCAGCUCCAGAAGUAAGAAGAGCAGUCAAAGUGAGGGCCAGAGACACAAGCCAGCCGUGAAACAGUGAGUCCACUAUCCAGGGCACUUGAUAGCUGCUUUAUGGUGCUCCUGAUCCAGACUGAAGGCCUGAGUAUAGAGCAUCGAUAUGAGGAAAAAUAAUGGCAGUUUGUUCACUACACUGCAGUGGCCGCACACGGCGUGCACUCGGCUCGAGCAGUGCUGGAGGAUGUGAUCAAAGGUGAAGCUUAAAGCUGGGGAUGAGUAGUGGCCUCACUUCCUCAUGAAAGCAUGUUGUUGUGGCCAGUGAAUGCAAAACAGGCCUACAGAAGGCAGAGGAGUGUGACUAUAGCCAUCCUCCCUUUAUCUUUAUUACCAUUAUAGCCUGGCUUUAUACUUCUCUUAGCUUAACCUGUAUGGUGUAUAGAGGUCAUAGACUACUUAAAGCUAUUUUGUGCAUCCUUUUGUUUGAUUUUUAUUAUUUUUUUUGCUCAGACAACAUACAAGAGUGUCCACCACAAAGGAGAUUCUUUUUCUAACCCGUUUUUUGGAGACGAAAAGCAGAGUAUCUUCACUACCUUAUAUGGGAGCACAUGCAUUAUCACAGAGCUAAUUUACUUUUUUUUUAUUACUAGAAGUUUGUUUUUCUUGCUUGAACAUAUUUUUACGUAGGAUAAUGUACGUGUAUAGAUUUUUGGAAAUCAUCUUUUGAGCAUGCUUGUGAUGUAAAGAUGAUCAGUUCUUUCUUUGCAUUCCCAGUGUAUGUAUUGUAUGUUUUUUGUUUGUGUGUGUGUGUGUGUGUGUGUGUUUUUUUUUUUACCUGGAAGCACACUACAGCAAAAAUUAAUCAUUUUGAGCCAUUCUCAAAAUGGGGUCUGGGAAUCCCAGGUGUCCGUAAGGUAUAGCAUGGGGGUUUGUAAAUUGUCUUUUGUUUUGUUUUGUUUUGUUUUGUUUUGUUUUGUUUUGUUUUGUUUUGUUUUGUUUUUUGUUUUGUUUUGUUUUGUUUUGUUUUGUUUUGUUUUGUUUUGUUUUGUUUUGUUUUGUUUUGUUUUGUUUUGUGGAACCACAUAAACUUAAAAACAAACAGGUCACCAUUAUUUAAAACAAAUAAAUAAAUAAAUAAAAAUAAAAAUUGAAAUGUAAUAAAUCCUCUGCUGUCGACAGAAAUUAAAAAGUAGUCACCAUAAAUAAAUAUCCCACAUAUAUUAUGCUGGAUUAUGUUUGUAAAAUAAAUCUGUCCUGAGAGACUUCACAUAUUUUAUUGACAGUUAAAGAAAUGUUUGAGAACCCCAGGAUUUGAGGUAGGAGUGUUGUGUAGACAUACAGGUAACACCAGCAAUUAGUGUUUGUGAGGAUUGUGUAUGUAUUGUGUAUACUGACUGUGAAUGUGGAUGUCUGAUAAACACAGAUUAGACAAAAAAAAAAAAAAGAACAUGUUUCUACUGAUGACCUUAUUGUGUGGCAAAGACGUUUUUUUCUCAGGCUCCUGUUUUCAAAUACCGCAGUGAUGCCACUUUUUUGCUGCAACAAGGGGGCAGUGGAGGACAGAUAACCUGUAUUACCUCAGCUGUAUUGGAAAACAAUUAUUUAUGUCGAGUUUAAAGGAAUAAUAGCACACGUAUUGAGGCAGACACUAAUGUGAAUGAAUGUCUGUGAAGUGUUUCUUAAUCAUGUAUUUUCUUCAUAGCAGGAACUAAAGAAUCCGAUAUAUUGUAAAACAAAACAAAACAAAACAAAAAUGUUACCAGGUAGGUCACAAAGAGCUAUAAUGACUGUUAGAGCUACUGUACAAUAUGAAAACAAGCAUACAGACUGCUGACAAAUUAAAGGAAAAUAACAGUGAAUCUGGAUCAAUUCAGUGGUAACUUGAAGGUCCUGCGAAUUAAACUCCCAACCUUCCAAUCGUUAGUCCAAAAUGUUAACUUUCUAAGGCUCUAGGCAUUUUGCAUGCAAGGUUUGUUUACACCUAUAGGCUGCAGGCAAAAAAGUGAGUUCAAAUCAUUCUAUAUUUUACUUUUAUUCUCUGAUGAAUCAUUCCUAUCUAUCCUUAUGGAGUGGUCUUGACACCGCCCCUAUCCGCAGGGCACAGGAGCACACUGAAUGCUAUGUUGAGGAUGAAAAGGUUGUAAAUUGUUUACUAUGACCUUCAUGCUUACCAGAUCUUAACCCAGAUGAACUCCUAUGUGCAGUAAUAAUCCAGAGCGACGUGUUACACAUCUGUAAUAUCGUUUAGAAACAUAAUGAUCUCUCCAGUACACAGAACGUGUCCCAGGUUACACUGAAGCUGUUUUGGCAGGUCAUUGUGGCCCAACACACCAAAAUCUUUCCUUUCAUUUGUCACCAGUCUGUAUUAAGGCUGACUUAAGACCUAAAUCACAAUCUAUAGCACUUAAUUCAUGAUGCCCCAAUGCACUUUGGGUAAUGUUUGUUCAGGCUUUAAUGAAUGACAUGAGAUCUAUUUAUAUACUGUGGAGAUUUCUAAUUCAUGUCUUGCUGAGUAUGUGUUUAAGAUCAAAUGUUUUGACUUUGACAAGUUUUCCAGUGUUUUUACAGUGAGCACUGAGCAGUUCAGUGGCACCACAGUGGUCUACUGUAUGUUUUAAUACUGUAACUUUUUAUGUUAGUUCAGUGUUUGCUUGUAAUUUUACACACUGUAUUAUGUUUCAGAUGCUCAAUAAUAAAACCGUUAUGCUCUA